GUACAAUCAUCUAUCCUAAAUCAUCAUCAAUUCCCAAUAUAAGUUCACUCCUACGUCACACCAUGGCCGCCACCGUCUUCCGCCCCGGUGCCACAGCUCUCAUAACUGGCGGAGGCAGUGGAAUCGGCUUCGCCGUCGCCCAGCUUUGCCGCUCCCACGACAUGAAUCUGAUCCUGGUCGACAUCCACGCUGACAAUCUGGCCAAGGUGCACACCCUCCUCGGAAACACCGAGAAUGCCAAGACGAUCACGCAUGUCAUGGACGUCUCGGACGUGUCGUCGUGGGAGUAUCUACGGGACAAGCUCGUCAACCAUUUCCCCGCUGGGAUCGAUCUGCUGAUGCUGAAUGCCGGAGCGACUUUUAAGCCAGAGGAUUCGAAGAAUCCAUGGGGGGAUAUAGAGUACUUUCAAAAGACCUUCGCCACAAACUUCACGGGUGUCCUUAACGGAAUAUACACCUUCCUGCCCAUGAUCAGCGAGGCCGCUGCCCAAGGACCCAAAGCGAUCGUCAUCACCGGAUCAAAGCAAGGCAUAACCAACCCUCCCGGUGCAAAUAACCCAGCAUACAACGCUAGCAAAUCUGCCUUGAAGUCAAUCGCCGAGUUCCUCGCUCACGACAUGCACUCCAACAGCGCUACCAAGAAUGUCCACGUCCACCUGCUGAUUCCUGGCUGGACAUUCACUGGUCUCACGGGCAGCGAAGGCCCAAUUCAUGACGACCAGGCGUUGGCGCUAAAGCCCAAGGGGGCGUGGAUUCCAAGCCAGGUUGCGAGGUAUAUGUAUGAGAAAAUGAAUCAGGGGAAAUUCUACAUUGUUUGUCCGGAUGAGGACGUUAGCGAGGCGUUGGAUAAAGCCCGUAUGGAAUGGGCGAUUGGAGACAUCAUUGAGGGACGACCGGCUCUGUCGCGAUGGCAUGAGGAAUGGAAGGACAAGGCGAGUGAGUGGAUUAAUAAGGAGGCAGCGAAGAGGUAGGAAAAGGGGGCGAGCAAUUUUGCAAUCCGUGUCGGAUUGUUAGAGGCCGUUGGAGUCUGUCACCAAGAAGACUCAGCAUUCAUUUGGCGGACGUGUCCUUGCACUUUUUUGUAAAUC